GGGCUCAUUUGGCUUAGUAAUUUUAUUAGUAUUAUUGUGGAGGUUCCCUUUGGUUGCCCAAUAAAAUUUCAAAUUUCGGUAUCCGCACUCCCUUUUACGUCAAAACUAGUUAUCCCGAUUCAAUCUUUCAAUUAACCUCCCUUUUACUUUCAUUUUACUUCUACAUCUUCAAUUGAUUUAAUUUGUUAUCAUUUAACUUAUUAGAUACUUCCUAAAGACAAUUUCAUCAAAAACUUUUCACUUCAAAAUGGCUUCAAAUCCUCCAGGUGCUUGUUGUAUUCAAGGUUCUUUACAUGAAGGUACCCCAGUUGGAACUCAUAAAACUCUCUUUGGUUUAGACACUUAUCAAGUUGGUGCUGAACAUGGUGAUGAAAGAAUCAUUGUCAUUGUUACUGAUAUUUACGGUCAUAAAUAUAACAAUGUGUUAUUAAUUGCUGAUGCUUUAGCUAAACAAAAAUAUCAUGUCUUGAUCCCUGAUAUUUUAAAAUCUGAUCCUGUUCCUGCUACUCAUGGUGAUUUAUCGGAAUGGUUAGGUAAUCAUGGUCCAGAUGUUACUUCACCAAUUGUUGAUCCAUUCUUAGCUGCUGUUAAGAAAGAAUUGAAACCAAAAUUCUUUGGUGCUAUUGGUUAUUGUUAUGGUGCUAAAUACCUUAUUCAUAACUUAACUAAGGAAGGUCCAUUAGAUGCUGGUGCCGUUGCUCAUCCAUCUUUCGUCACCCUUGAUGAAGUUAAAGCCAUUGCUAAACCAAUCAUCAUCUCUGCUGCUCAAACUGAUCCAAUCUUCACUGUUGAAUUAAGACAUCAAACUGAAUUGGAAUUAACUAAGAUUGGUGCCAGAUACCAAAUUGAUUUAUUCUCUGGUGUUGUCCAUGGUUUCACAGUUAGAGGAGAUAUCACUGAUCCUAUUGUUAAGUUUGCUAAGGAACAAGCUUUAGCUGAUCAAAUUGCUUUCUUCUCUCAAUAUUAAGAGAGUCAGUUCAGCUGUUAUCAGAUGUUUGAUUUUUUAGAACACUUCUAUUUAUAGUUAGAUUAUAUUUUAGAUACAACUAUAUGUUAUUUCAUUGUUGUUAGAUUUAUACAUUAAUUAGUAAUUGUAGAGUACUCGUAUGGAUAAUGCCUUGACACAAA